UGUGGUUCCUGGUCUGUCCGGAGGGGGGCGCUGUUGGCUGACUUGGAGGUUUAGACAGACGUGUACAUAACCGCAGAAGAAGAAGUUAGCUUCCCUCAGCUAGCCCGUUAGCUCGUCCAUUAUGGCGGACCUGAACCGGCAGCUCCAAGAGUACCUGUCCCAGUCCAGAGGAGGAGCGAAGACCGUCUCUCAGAGCCCCAGCACCGCCGUGGAUCUGGGAGAACCGGAGCCAGUACCCGGGAGCUGGUUCGGCCGGUGGUCGAGUCCGUGGCCGGCUCAGACCUCCAGCGGGUCCUCCUGGCCCUGGUCUGCCGAACCGGAUCCGUGUCUUCCGGGAGUGAGCCGGAAGCAGAGGUUGGUGGUCUCUGCGGUCCUGGCCGCCUUCUCGGCCCUCUGUUUCGGCCUGUCGGCCCUCUAUGCCCCCCUUCUGCUGCUCUACGCCCGGAAGUUCGCCUUGCUCUGGUCUCUCGGGUCCCUGUUCGCUCUCUGUGCCGGGGCGGUCCUCAGGGGUCCCAGCAGGCUCCUCGCGAGUCUGCCCACCUCUCCGGGAGCCGCGGUCUACCUGUUCGCCCUCGGAGGGACCCUGUACGCCGCCCUCAGUCUCCACAGCACCGUCCUGACCGCCCUGGGAGCCGGUCUACAGGUCUGCGUCCUGGUCGGGUCCGCCGUGGCCCUGCUGCCCGGGGGAUCCGCCGGGAUCCGGUUUAUGGGCGGGAUGGCGGCGUCCGCCAUCAAAAGGACCGUCACCGGGAAAACCAUGCCGAUCUGAGCCGGAGUGGGAUCGGGACUAGAGCUCAGAGUCACGGAGGGGCCCACGGGGACAUGGGUCUAUGCACUGUUUACAAAACCACGGCCCGCGGGCCUCCAGGGGCCGGCUCCUGGUUCAGAGAGGACCAACUUUUAAAGUUCUAGAACAUUCCUGAACAGACUGGAUCAAUGAGGACUGAUUGAUCUCUGAUUGGUUGUUUGGAGAACUGAUAGUGGACUCAGAGGACCAGGUUCAACCUGACUGGAUCAAUAACCUGAUCAGCUCUGUGAUCAAUAACCUGAUCAGGUCAGUGGUCAAUAACCUGAUCAGCUCUGUGAUCAAUAACCUGAUCAGGUCUGUGGUCAAUAACCUGAUCAGCUCUGUGAUCAAUAAUGUGGAUUAUUAGAGGAAAUAAAGAUGAAAGUGUUUUGAGUCUGUGAUUAAACUGAAAUGAUCAAUAA